AUGCGAAUUGUAAAAUAUUAAAUUGGUUCAGUCUUUGGACGGAAGGGAGGCGGCGGCCAUGGAAGCGAUGAGAGAGCUCGAGGCGUUGCAAACUCGCCUACUCCAGCGCAUAACCGCGCUCGAGCUCUCUCUUCAGACCCAGUCCCUCUCCAUCUCUGUCGAUCGCGUCGCCGGCGACGGCGGAGGGACCACGGUGGCGACCCUUUCGGCCAUAUUGAGGACCCUAGGCGUAGACGACUUUGUCUUCACGCGCGUCCCUGCCGAUUACUACGACAGGCCCCUCGAGGCUAGGAGGGACAUCCUCGAAGCUGCCUCGGUCGAGCACCUCUGCAAGAGCAUUGUGUUGGUGAAUACCCAAGCUCCUGCUAAUAUUACUGACUGCAGCAAUCCCAACAAUUCAAAAUACUAUGUUGUUGUAAUUCAGUACGCUGCUCGACUUAAUGCUGAAAAUAUAAAGAAUUUUCUUUACAAUCUCAAUGAGAAUAAGGUUCCAAAGAAGAAGUUCAACAUGAGGCUAGCACCAGAAGAGGAAUCACUGAAACUUACUGGCUUUGCUCAUAAUGCAGUAACAUGCAUUGGCAUGGAAACAGACAUCCCGGUAAUACUCGACGAAGCAAUUACAAAGUUGAAACCAAAUUUCUUCUGGUUAGGAGGUGGAGAAGUCGAUCUCAAGCUUGGGAUCAGGACCUCUCAAUUCAUCAACGCCGUGAAGCCCUUCAUCGUCAAUUGUUGUUCUUGAUGCUCUCUAAAAGAAUCCGAUAGUUGUUGUGGAAAACCACCACCAUGGCAAAUCCAACUAUUUUCUGCUCGAUUUGCAAUGGAGAUCGCUGCUUCUUUUAUUGCCACUAGUUUAUUUCAUGCUCUUCACCAAAUGGCAUAUUUUUCAGUACUUGUUUCUAGCGAAGGAAGAGUCUUUUCAUGUCUUUUUUUGGGUCCAAAUCUUUUCAUGUCUUUUGUUGGGGUAACAUUUAUUCUGAUACAAUGUCCUUUUAAAUCAUUUGUAAUAACAAUUAAACAAGAGGAUUGGGGGUUAAAUUUGCCUGAAGGAUUAACACAA